UAACUAUGCAAAUUAUAAGGAAAGAAAGGUAUUUAUUGGCAAACAAAAAUUAUGAAUUGCUUCUGGUUCAGUAACUGCCUCGCACAUAUUUGCGCUAUCUUACUUCUUUUACAGGCAAUAAUCUAAAUCUUAAUAAAUGUAUGAUAUCUAAAGCCCAGAAUCCAAUCCGACUUUUAAAGAUAAAUGUAAUCAAGGUAUGUCAAUAUCAGCAGUCUAUGAGAUAAGUACAAUUCCAAUUCGUGGAACUGCACACAUUUGCCGAGAGCUGCGUCUUUUCUUAAGACGUCUGAUUCCUAUUAGAAAGUUAUACUCCCGUCGAAGAGGUUCGCCUCAAAAACUAGUUAACCCGGCGACAAGUUUCCAUUUGGAGUGAAACGGUUUCGACAAGCGGUUUGCGCAAACCGGUACGCGUCCGUCUGCGCGACAUGUUGAAUUCUCUGCGAUCCCUUCUGCGUUUUCCAUCGAAUCUCAGAGACGGGAGCGUGUCGCGUGUCCGGUCCCGGUUCGGAAUGCGUUCGGUUCCGGUUCGAAAUGCGUCCGAAACUCGUGCAAGACGAUCUAUGAUAGCGCUGCGCGAAUCGGCAUAGCUGUUUGUUUCACGAGCAACCCGACAGGCGGAAACCGAACAUGAUCGCCGCUUGGUGGUCUGCAACGCGUACGUAACCAGUUCCAGCUCGAAAACCGGUUUGGAACUAGUUUCCUUCGGUUUUUCGGCCCUCCCGCGAGAACCGUACGCAGUCGACAUCAGCGAAUAGCACUCCAACCGGAUUACUCGGCACGAUCACAACGUCGUCGACACGUUAUUUUCCGGACAAUCAUGGCCGAUAAUAAGGAGCUGAAAGAGAUUGAUGGUCACAUGGAAGUAAAAGUGGAGCCGACCCUUCAAUGCUACGUCGAGGAGGAGCAUGAGAACAGCUUUUCGAAUUUGGAGAACGCCAGCACGAUACCGUCAAGCGUCGACGUGGGCGCGUUGAAUCUGUGGACCAGCAAGGCCACCACCUGCCUGAUCAGCCAAUAUAAGAAGUAUCGUUCGCUGGUCGGACAAUCGACGCAGAUCAGAAGUCUGCGGGAGAUGUUCGAGAUGAUAUCGCUGGAGAUGCAGACUUACGGGUUCUACUUUAGCCCGCAGAAGUGCGAGAACAAAUGGCGCGUACUCGAGCGUAAAUACAAGAACCUCGUGUUCCGCGAGCGGGUGAAAAAACCGGGCAGGAUGCGGCACUACGGACAGUGGGAGCACAAACGCGCCUUGGACGAGAUCUUCAGUGAGAAGAAGAGGCACGUGUAUCUGGAGGCGAGCGAGCCGCAGCCGCCAAGCGGAUCGACCAAGUAUUCCCUGAUUCCGCCGAAGCCCAUCAGCUGCGAUCGAGGCAGCGACUCGCCUGACGAUCGGCAACGCGAGGAUCCUCUGGCGCUCAUGACCAGUGAGAAAGACGGCGAGACGUUAGAUCACCAACAGAUCUCGACGAAACUAUUUGAGAAAUUUAUAGAGGAAAUGGGAAAGAAUUUCGCACUGGCCGAAAAGAACAAAGAGAGGCGGCACAAAGAGAAAAUGGCCGUGAGACACAAAGAAUUGGAACUGAAGAAGCAGCUUCUCAAGCUGAAGGAACAGAAGGUGGAAUUGCAAAGAUGCCAAGUGAUUGCUGCAGCACAGAACUUGCGUUUGAAUAUGAAAUGACGCGCGUUUGAUUUCUCGUUGACAUAUAGAUAUACUCUAAUUAUAUCUUUAUUUUAAUGUAAUAUAAUUUAAUGUAAAAGGGUUUUUUACGCAUCUGUAUGUUGCAUAUUGAAUAAAAAUCGAUAUUUUUUUUUUACAAUUA